UCUUUCAAACACUCCAACCAUGUUCAACAAGAUGAAGAACACCGUCAAGUCCAAGGUCAAGGGCGUGAUGGACAAGGUCUCGUCGUCUGACUCGGCUGCUGGCCCAGUGAGCGACCUCGUUAAGGCGCUCAAGGCGAUCGAGUCUGAUCUAGAGCGCGGGGAGCUCGUCGCGAAGCACGCGUCGGGAUACGGCAGCGCGUACACGCCGGGAGAGGUGGUGGCUAUUGUUGCGACGUUCAACAACAUGCUCGACGCCGAGGCCGAGCUUGCGGCGGUGCUGGGCAAGUCGGCGCCGAUGAGCUGUGCCGAGGGCGCGGAGAUUCUCAAGGCCUUUGACAGCGAUCUGGGUAAGCUCGCGGUGCUCACGCAUGUUGUGCCGCGGCUGAGCGACGUCGGGCCGGGCAACGGGGACAUCCUCGAGCUGUUCGACUCGUCGCUCGACCGGGCCGAGGCCGAGAAGCUGCUUGCGGCCGGGGGCGGCGAAUCAGCAGCGGCGUCUGACGCUCCGGCGGGAGCGGCGCCGGCGCCGGCGUCCAGCUCUGGCUCGUCGUGGCUCAUCGGGGGCCUGCCGAGCGCGGGCGGGGUGGUGUUUGUGGUGGGCAACGGGAACAAGCUCAACGAGAAGAUCCCGGAUCCGGAGAGCGGCGAGAGCGUCAAGGCAGUCGAGCUGCUACAGCAGCAGCUCAAGGCUGCGCUGGGCGAUCUUGUGGCAGGCCAGGCGUUCAACGUUGUCCGCUACGGCGCAGCGACCAAGAUGGCGUUUGACGCGCCGGUCUGGCCGACGCCGGACCAUGUCGCGACGGCGUCGGCGUUUAUCGACGGCCAGAUCUACGGCUCGGGUGCGCCGAACAUGCUCGCAGGCUUGCAGGCAGCCUACGGAAUGGAGGGCGUGACAAGUGUCUUCCUCAUCACCAACUGGGGCUGCAUGGCCGGCAACAACUCGGCGAUUGUGGAGGCGACGGCGUCGUGGGUGGCUGGCGGUGAGGGCCGUGUCGUCAACGUGGUCGGCUUCCACACAGCCGGCGUCAAGACGGUGACGCACAACCUCAGCGAUGUCCAGCUGCUGCAAGCUGUCUCCCAGGCCGGCAACGGGUACUAUCGCACCUUUGAUGAGAAUGGAGUUGCCAGCAACACGGUGGUGGCCUGA